GGGACACUCUAAAAAUAACAGCAACAACAAUAUACGCAGUAGCGACAAUCGCUUUAGCAGGCCAUCAACACAAAUUACAAUAAAUACACAGCAACAUCGAAAGGCGGGUGUUCUUAUCCGCAAUUUUAUUUCAUUUUACUUUUUUGUUAUUACUUUUUUUAAUUGCUAUUUUUUUUUCUUCAUAUGUACUUACAUAUGUACAUUUGUAUUUUACGCUCCACAAUCGUUGCUACCAUUUACAAAUCGCUGGAGCUACGCAACGCGCCAUCGCUUAGCAUAUAACAAUCGCAGCCAGUUAGCGCGUCGCUGCCGAUCGGGAAUGGCGUAAAAUAUUUUUGUUGUAAAAAAUACAAAAUGUCAAAAUAGUUAUUUGCUUUUUUUUUUGUUUUUAAAUUGAGUUGUUCAAAAUUUGCAAUUUCACCAACAGUUGGUGUUCUAUGCACGUUCGUCGAGGCAAAGCGAAUCUACAAUAGUAUUUUGUAUGGAACGAAGUAACCAACGACUGGAGCAAGAAAGUGAAAUAACCAAUAUUUUUUAUGCAGAAAAAUUAAAUAAAAAUAAAUUAUAUCAAAAACACAUAGAAAGUAAAAAUGUCAUCUUGGCGAGCUGCAACAUUGUCCUUCUUCUUGAUCGCUUUGUUGAGUUUUGAAUUCGUCUCACCUUGGAUGAAUUUCAACAGUUAUGUGUCGAAGAAGCGCACCGAUUUAAAAAAGCGUUGUCCGAAUGUUCGCGCUAUACGAAAUUUUGAUCUGGAAUCGAUGAUGGGAUUUUGGUAUGUUGUCCAGUAUUAUGCAUCGACGGAAGAGUUGCCAGAAUAUGCCUGCAUGCAAAGCGAUUUUACAUUCUCCGCCGAAGAUCAACAUAUAACCAUGAAUUUUAGUUACAUUUUCGCCGAAGAUCCAUUGCGUGAGAAAUUACAGGGAAAUAUUACCUGGUUCAUACCGGAUUUCGAAACACCAGCGCAUUGGAUGCACACAGAGGAUAUUUAUGAGGGCAUCUACAACACUUACGUCAUCGAUACGGACUACAAAUCGUGGAGCCUAAUAAUGCAUUGUGCGGAAAAGAAAAAUUCACCGCGUUACUUAUCAGCCUUGUUAUUGUCGCGAGAGCAGCAACUGGGCGAUAAUGUCGUAAACUUCUUGAGGGAAAAGCUACCACGCUACGACAUUGACCUGUCGUUUAUGUUCCCGAUUAAUCAGACGUGCCACAAUUUAAUGGAAUCCGUUAAUGACGAUCCUCUUGCUUACAUACUUAACGAAGAAAAGGAGGAAAAGGAUUUGACGAAUAAGGCCAAAUUUAUUUUGAAAACAUGAGCCAAUCUCAAAAAGAAAAUGUGAAUAAUACUAAAGAUAUACGUAGACAUAAAAGUAUUCAAUAAAUAUUAUAAUUAAUUUAGUAUUCAAAUUUUUUGUAAAUGAAAUAGAACCAAAAUAUAGGCACAUAACAUAUUAA